AUGUCAAUUUCAGUAGAUCGAGAGGAGAUCCAACAUGUUAUUACACCCACGGACCGCAUCACCAUAACAGUUCCUGAUGAUCCUCUUAUUGUCACCUCCAACAAGAAAUCCAAUGAGCAAGACGGAAGGUAUGUUAAUAAACCUGAAAAAUCGCAUUUACUUAUACCAAUUCUAAUUUGCAUAGCUAUUGCGUUUGCUGGAUUUACUUUAGGUUGGGAUAUUGGAACCAUAGGUGGUAUGACAAGUAUGGAAAGCUUCCAAAAUAGGUUCGGAACAAGUUACGAUAGUCAAAGAGGUGUACAAUAUUUCCCAGAUUUACUACUUGGGUUAAUUAUCUCAAUCUUUAAUAUUGGUUGUGCCGUUGGUAGUGUAACAUUAGCUAAAUUAGCGGAUUGGUUUGGUAGGAAAACCGGGCUCUACGUGACAGUAAUAAUUUAUGUAAUUGGCCUAUUGAUACAAAUUAUCAACGACAGAACAUGGAUUCAAUUUUUCAUUGGAAGAAUAGUUUGUGGGUUUGCAAUUGGUUCUAGUAAUGUUGUAGCUCCAAUGUUCCUUGCUGAAGUUGCACCAGUAAGGAUUCGUGGAGGAAUAAUUGUUUUUUAUCAAAUAAUGCUUACUUUUGGUAUCUUAAUGGGGAAUAUUGUCAAUUAUGCUUGCCAUCAAUCGUUCCCAGGUCCUAAUCAAAAUGAAGCAUGGAAGACACCUCUUGGGUUAGGAUUUGCUUGGGCAUGUAUAAUGAUGGGCGGUAUUUGGUGUAGUCCCGAACCUGCACCAUAUUUAGCACUUAAGAAAGGCCGUAUCGAUUCGGCAAAAGAGUCGUUUGCUAUGAUGAACGGUGUUUCUAAAGAUUCUAAACUGACUGACGAAUUCAUUGAAGAUAUGAAUCAGAAAAUGAAAGAGGAGAUAAUACUUAAAAAGCAACCUAGAAAAUGGUUCGAAUUUGUUCGAGGAGAACCUAGAUUGGGUUAUAGAGUAUUUAUUGGAACAAUAUUGAUGGCUUCACAACAAUUAUCUGGUAUUAAUUAUUUUUUCUAUUAUGGAGUAACAUUAUUUAAAAAUGCUGGUUUGAACGAUCCAUAUGUUGCAGCAAUCGUAAUGUCCAUUGUAAAUUUUGUGGGCACAUUCGGAGGUAUAUAUUUAGUAGAAAGGGUAGGAAGAAAAUUAUGUCUAGUUUAUGGUUCAUUUGGAAUGUUCUGUUGUAUGAUUGUCUAUUCAACUAUUGGAAGUUUUGCCUUAAAUCUCCCUGGAACGAAUAUCGGUAUGAUUGUUGUGGCAUGUAUAUACAUUGCAUUUUUUGCAACAACGUUAGGUCCAGUUACGGUGGUUCUUGUAGCUGAACUUUUCCCAUUAAGAACAAAAGCAAUCUCGAUGGCUACCUGUUCUGAUGCCAAUUGGCUAGCUAAUUUCGCCAUUUCUUUUACAUCUCCCUUAAUUAUAUCACAGAUUGGAUUUAGGUACGGAUAUGUGUUUGCUGCUUGUCUAUUCUUCUCUACUAUCUUUUCGGUGACAAAUGUCCCAGAAACCAAAGACAAAACAACAUCUGAAAUUGAUGAUAUGUUUAUUAAAGGAAGAAGACAACGAUUUUCUUUUUAA